GCAGUUGAAGUUAACAGGAAACUUAUCUUGUGUUGGCGAAAAUUCUCACUGUGCCCCGAGGAUUUAAGAAGUUGCCAAUUUUCUGAUAAGAUAAAACUAGCAACCCAUCCCAGAGUGUCCCUCGCCAUACUGAUGUUAAAUUAAGAACGUGAAAAUUGGAGCUUUUUUGAUCUCACUGUUAUCAUUUUCAUUACUUCAUUCUCGAAACUUUGACAUUUUACACUAGUAACAUGAUUCUCUUAUAACCCUUCCGUUUCUUUUCUUCGAGGUGUCAGCCCACCUACUUUCUUUCUUUCUUUCUUUCUCUCUCUCUCUCUCUCUCUCUCUCUCUAGAUACUCUUCUUUCUUUAUGUAGAAAUUAAGCUUUGUAGAAGAAAAGUGACCCCUGUAGCGAUUAAAUUGGAUUGAAGAAAAAGGAAGAAAGAAGAUAAACAGAUGAAGAUCCAGUGCGACGUGUGUAACAAAGAUGAGGCUUCGGUGUUCUGCACGGCGGACGAGGCUGCUCUUUGUGACGCGUGCGACCACCGUGUCCACCACGCCAACAAGCUUGCCUCUAAGCACCAGCGCUUCUCGCUCCUCCACCCUUCCUCUAAAGAGUUCCCUCUAUGUGACGUUUGUCAGGAGAAGAGGGCCUUCUUGUUUUGUCAACAAGACCGAGCCAUUCUGUGCAGAGAUUGUGAUGUGCCAAUUCAUACAGCCAACGAGCACACAAAGAAGCAUAAUAGGUUUCUUCUCACAGGGGUCAAACUCUCUGCAACUUCUACUCUUUACACAUCCGCUGUAACCAACGGUUGUGAUUCUGUUCCUGAUGCCAAGUCUCAGAAAUCUUACACCAAGAAACCAGUCUCUGUUACUCCACUGAAUUCAAAUCCAUCUUCCAAUUCCAAGAUUUCAAAUACAAUAACCACUGUAAUGAAUAAUAGUGGGAAUAAUUUGAUUGUGAAUGAAAGUGGUGGCUCAACAAGUAGCAUAUCGGAAUACUUACAGAUGCUCCCUGGCUGGCAUGUUGAGGACUUUCUUGAUUCUUCUCUAGACAACUUUGGUUUCUGUAAGAGUAAUGGUGGUAUGCUGCCCUUUUCGGACGAUGAUUUUGGAUGCAAUCUGGGUUCUUUGUCAUCUGAAAGUAAUGGAAUUUGGGUCCCUCAAGCUCCAACACCUCUGCAUCCUUCUCUCUUUUCUUCACAAAUUGGAGGACAAAUUAGUUUCAAGGAGACAAAGGAGGUUACCACCAUGAAAACCAACAACAGUAGGUGGAAAGACGAUGUCUUCGCAGUUCCACAAAUCAGUCCUCCUCCUGCGGCUGGUUCAAAGAGAUCUAGACCAUAACUAUUAACAUUUUUAAAUCAUCAAGAUCUCAAAUCAAUCAUGAACAUGUUCUUAUGUUUUGAUUUGAAUUUCUUUUUUUUUUUUCCUUUUCUUUUAGUCUGUCUCAUGGUGGUCCAAAUCCUACUGGAUUCUGUUUCAUCAUUUUGUUUCAUCAGUUUCUUGUACUUGCAACCAGCAAACGUCUUUGUACAUAUUAAGAAGAUCUGCAAAACCCUUUUCAA